AUGGCGUUGAGCACCCAAGUUAGAGCCUCCACCGGUUCAGCGUUCCCAUGGAAAUACGACGUGUUUUUGAGCUUCAGAGGCGAAGACACCCGCAAGGGCUUCACAGACCAUUUAUACGACAAGUUGCGGUGGAGAGGAAUCAGGACUUUCAGGGACGACCCAGAACUUGAAAGAGGCACAGCCAUCUCUCCGGAGCUCCUCACUGCAAUCGAGCAAUCCAGGUUUGCGAUCGUUGUUCUUUCGCCAAACUAUGCUUCUUCCACUUGGUGCUUGCUUGAACUCUCUAAGAUUUGUGAAUGCAUGGGAGAGAGAGGGACAAUUCUUCCAAUCUUUUAUGAGGUGGAUCCCUCUCAUGUGAGACAUCAAAGGGGCAGCUUUGCUGAAGCGUUCGAUGAACAUGAAGAGAAGCUUGGAGAAGGUAAUAAGGACGUGGAAGGGUGGAGAGAUGCUUUAACAAAAGUAGCCAAUCUCGCUGGCUGGACUUCAAAGGAUUAUAGGUACGAAACAGAGCUUAUGAAAGAUGUUGUGCAAGCACUGUGGAGCAAAGUGCAUCCUACUUUAACCGUUUCUGAUUCCACAGAGAAGUUAGUCGGAAUGGACGCUACGUUUGGGGAAAUAGAUGUUCUUUUAGAUAAAGAAGCAAACGAUGUCCGCUUUAUAGGGAUAUGGGGGAUGGGUGGGGUGGGUAAGACCACCCUUGCUAGAGUGGUGUAUGAGAAAAUUUCUCAUCAGUUUGAAGUUUGCAUCUUUCUUGCUAAUGUCAGAGAGGUUUCUGCAACACAGGGUCUAGUUUGUCUACAGAAACAAAUUCUUUCCCAAAUCUUGAAGGAAGAAAAUGUUCAAGUAUGUGAUGUUUAUGAUGGAGUCACUAGGACAAAGAGAUGUGUAUGUAACAAAGCGGUUCUUCUAGUUCUUGACGAUGUGGAUCAACCGGAGCAACUGGAAAACUUGGCCGGGGGAAAAGACUGGUUUGGUUUAAGGAGUAGAAUCAUCAUUACAACUAGAAACCGACAUGUACUAGUCACACAUGAUAUAGAAAAACCAUAUGAGGUGAGGGGAUUAAACUAUGAUGAAGCUCUUCAGCUGUUUAGUUGGAAAGCCUUCAGGAAAUAUGAGCCUGAUGAGGAUUAUGCAGAGCUCUCUGGGCAUUUCGUUAGCUAUGCCAGAGGUCUUCCCUUGGCUCUUAGAACUAUGGGGUCUUUCUUGUAUAAAAGAAGUCCAGAUGCAUGGAGUUCUGCAUUGGAAAAACUACGGAAUACUCCCGACAGAAAAGUUUUUGAUUUGCUAAAAGUUAGUUAUGAUGGACUUGAUGAGAUGGAGAAGACAAUUUUUCUGGACAUUGCAUGUUUCCGCUGGCUGUAUCGCAACGAGUUUAUGAUUGAACAAGUAUACAGUUCUGACCUUUGCAAUCGCAUUACAAUAGAUGUUCUUGCUGAGAAAUCUCUGAUAACUAUUUCCUCAGCCAACCAAAUAGGUAUGCAUGAUUUGAUACGAGAAAUGGGAUGUGAAAUUGUUCGCCAACAGUCUUAUGAAGAGCCUGGUGGACGCAGUCGGUUGUGGCUUCACAACGACAUAUUUCAUGUAUUCACAAAGAAUACGGGAACUAAAGCCAUUGAAGGCGUAGUGUUAGACUUGCCUGAAUUAGAAGAGGCAGAUUGGAAUCUUGAAGCCUUCUCUCAAAUGUGUAAACUGAAGCUGCUCUACAUUGAUAAUUUAAAGCUUUCUCUUGGCCCCAUAUAUCUUCCUAAUGCCUUGAGAUUUCUGAAAUGGAGUUGGUAUCCUUCAAAAUCUCUCCCACCAGGUUUUCAACCGGAUGAGCUUACUGAACUUAGCUUGGUUCAUAGCAAUAUUGAUCACCUCUGGAAUGGAAUAAAAUACUUGGGCAAGUUGAAAUAUAUCAAUCUUAGUUACUCUAUAGACUUGAGAAGGACCCCGGAUUUCACAGGUAUUCAAAACCUUGAACAGUUGGUUCUUGAAGGUUGUACGAAUUUAGUGAAGAUUCAUCCAUCCAUUGCAUUUCUCAAGAGACUUAAAUUGUUGAACCUUAGAAACUGCAGAAAUAUUAAGAGUCUCCCAAGUGAAGUAGAAAUGGAAUCUCUUGAAACAUUUGAUGUAUCUGGCUGCUCAAGACUGAAAAUGAUUCCAGAAUUUGUGGGGAAAAUGAAAAGAUUAUCAAAGCUUUCUUUAAGUGGGACUGCAGUUGAGAAACUGCCUUCAUCAAUUGAGCGCUUCAGUGAGAGUUUGGAGGAGCUAGAUUUGAGUGGAAUUGUUACAAGAGAGCUACCCUGCUCCCUUUUUCUCAAUAGAAAUGUCAAUGGCAAACGCCCAAGAUCAUGGUACUCAUUGCUCCCUUCUGGCUUAUUUCCAAGAAAGAGUCCUCUGUUAGCUUCUUUGAAGCAUUUGUCUUCAUUGACGAGAUUAAAUCUGGAGGACUGUAAUCUCAGUGAAGGAGAAAUUCCCAAUGAUAUUGGUUCUCUGUCUUCCUUAGAGUACUUGUAUCUCGGAGGAAACAAUUUUGUCAGCCUUCCUGCAAGCAUUCAUUUGCUUUCUAAGCUUAAAAGGAUCCAUGUGGAGAAUUGCAAAAGGCUCCAACAAUUGCCAGACCUUCCAUUAAAUGAAAAGUUAUAUGUAGGAUCGGAUAAUUGUACUUCCUUAGAAGUGUUUCCAGAUCCUCCAGAUUUAGGCAGAUUAUCAAAAUUUUCGCUCAAUUGCACCAAUUGCACGAGCACGGUCGGUAAUCAAGAUUCUAGUUAUUACUUAUAUUCAGUGCUAAAGCGGUUGCUGGAGGAAACCCCUUGUUCUUUGGAUUUUGCCAGUUUCGUAAUUCCUGGAAGUGAAAUUUUGGAGUGGUUCAAUAAUCAAAGUGUGGGAGACUCGGUAACUCAGAGGUUUCCUUUGUAUGGAUGUAAUAGCAACUGGAUUGGUGUUGCUGUAUGUGCUCUACUUGUACCUCACGACAAUCCGUCUGCCGUUCCUGAGGACCCUAGUUUAGAUCCUGAUAAAAGUUCAAUUAUGUGUCAAUGGCAUGAAUACAGUUUUGGCCUGGGAGGUGUUGGUGACUGGGUAGGAUCAAUUGUUUCAGAUCACCUUUUCGUAGUUGUUUUAGGCAGUCAUGUAUUAAAACCGAAGAAUUGUCUAGAGGACACAUGCAAUCAGCAGGUUAAGUUUGACUUCAAAAUCAGACGAGCUGUAGGAAACAACAGAUGCAUAAAGGUGAAGAAAUGUGGGGCCCGUGCACUGUACAAGCAUGACAUGGAAGAGCUGAUUAGUAAAAUGAACCAAACCAAGAGCAGCGUUUCUCGUUACAAGACUUUGGAUUUUGAUUUUGGCAAAUCAGCAUAUGAGCAAGGUGGUGUCAUCGUUAAGGGAAGACGAGAGGCAACAAGCGGAAGUGGUGGCUCUGACGACGAAUAUUUCUCUGCAGAAGAAUGAAAUUUUUUUUUAGAAGAGACCGUCUUCAUUUGCGCUUGUUCUAACCAUCCAGUGCCUCAAAGCAAAAAUGAAAGUCUAACUGGAUUUUGUAACAAGUGACCAUCUUACAUCAUGACUGGCUGUUGUAACUGGAUUUUCCAAACAUUUUUCCCCCCUCGCCUGUGCUUUUAUCAGUUUUAUCAGUUUAUGUCAUGACACAUUUUAUCA